AAACAGCGUUUUUAUGUAGUUGUAAAUGGAGCUAAUGUCAGUUGCUUGCUGCGUCCUCCGAGUAAAAAUGCUUGGAGAGCGAACAAAUAUUGAUCUACAUUAAGGAUUCACUUUGGUGUUUACCCUAGUUGCCGUUGCCCAUUACAGUAGGUUUGCCAACAAAGAGCUCGCUCAAGCGUUCUGGACAACUCGGCGGUUUGUUGACUGCACCUUCACGGGGGAUCGACUUCGGGCAGCCAUGAUAGAUCUAUUGAUCCAGUUAACGCUGUAGAUGAGCUGUUUACAACGUACAUGUACAUAAUUAUGCGUGUUCGUGGAGGAGCUACAAAACCCGCAAGACAAUUACUUUUGUAAGGUGUUUGGAAGCCUUAUUCAAGGAAGCCUUAUACACGCCCGCAGUGACGUACAGCAAGAUGACCAAGCAAACUAUAACAGCUUACACGACGAAAUGAAAUAACGACGGCGGUUUAAUUAUAAUAUUUGAACAUACAGUUUCUUAUAGUCUGCAAAAGUAAUGAGUGGAUGGACGAACUGGAUGGUUAUUUGAAGACGUCAUCAAAAGCAGUUGUAAAGAAUGCUUAACCGUUUUGAUGAUUGAAUUGAGAUUGUUUUGGACAGCUUGUGAGGACUGCAAAAGGACAGCGUGCUUUCGGAUUAUUACCAUCAACUCGCGAUGACAUGAAUGUUAUACAACGAAACAGGAUGUGUAAUGGGGAGCUUUCAUGGCGAUUUGGAAUAUUUAUUGUCGUUGACGAAUAAACAGUGACUUGCUAAAGCAAGGGAGAUAGCUCCAUGAUUAAAACCAAACUUGCCCUUAGAUUGGUAAUGUGACUGGACUGACAAGGAAGCAUGCUUGUUGGAAGAUGCGGCUGGAAGGCGGCAGAGGCUCAACUGGACACGAACUCAAUGGAAAGUCACUGCAAGUUUUUUUGAAGUUUUAGUCUUAUUCUGGGUUGAAAAGUGACAAGGAGAAAGUCGUCAUGGGUGGGACGCCAUCACGGACUCAUGGUCUCAGACUCGGGAUGUUAGUUUGUUUAUCGAUUUUCUGGACAUUUGGGUUAAUUUCUGGAGAAACUAAUCCAGACCAGCAUUCUGUCCGACUGGUGAGCGGCUCGACAAUCUACCAGGGUAGAGUGGAGAUUUACCGGGACAGCACCUGGGGUAGAGUCUGCGACAACGGCUGGGACAUGAACGACGCGUACGUGGUGUGCCGACAGCUGGGCUACGGCACGGCCAAGAACGCCACCUGGGGUGGGGAUUUUCCCCCGGGGAGUGGGGCGUACUGGAUGGACAGGGUGAGGUGUGAGGGUGGGGAGGAGGAGCUGGACCAGUGCCCCUUUGACGGGUGGGGUGUGGUGUCUGGGUGUCAGCUGGGGGAUACGGCUGCGGGUGUUGUCUGCCAGGCUUACGAUCAAACAGACGCCGUAACGAUUCGCUUGGACGGUAGCAGCAAUUCGUACGAGGGGCUUGUACGCGUCUUCCAUAGCGGUGCAUGGGGCACGAUAUGCAGCGACCAUUGGGGUAUUGAGGAGGCUAACGUGGCGUGUGGACAACUUGGCUUCCAGGGAGCUCAGGUGGCCAUCGACGCCAAGACUCUAUUCGGCGCAGACUUCACGGGCCCUGUUUACAUAUCAGGGCUUCGAUGUCACGGGACGGAGACUAACCUGGCUCAGUGCGCACGAGACGGAUGGUUUGACGACUUGUGCAGCGGCCACGACUGUGACGCCGGGGUCAUCUGUAAUUCAGAACAUACUCCAGCGGACGGAGACCUUCGACUGACGGGUGGUAGCACGGCGUGGGCCGGCCGGUUAGAGGUCUACCACCUCGGUGUCUGGGGCACCGUGUGCGAUGAUGAUUGGAACGAGAACGCAGCCAGAGUUGCCUGCAGACAACUCGGCUACGACGGAGUAGAAUUGUCAUCAGACAGUACAGAUUACGGGAUUCACACGGGAGAUAUUCUGCUGGACAAUCUCCACUGCAGGGGACAAGAGUCCCGCCUGACGCACUGUCCGCACAACGGCUGGGGAGAACACAACUGCCUGCACUCAGAGGAUGUUGCCGUGAGCUGCGAGACAGAUAGCCCGCCUCCGGACCCUCCAUCCGAUAUCAUCUCCUUGCAGAUGAGCUCCAUCAUUGGGAUCAUUAUAGCAUGCAGUGUCAUCGUAGCAUGUGCCUUAAUGAUCCUUCGGUACAUCCACCACCGGCAGAAGAACGCGCUCACUGCGCACCGUAACCGGGUCCGCUCUCUGGACGUUGCGACCCCGACAGACUCCCUCCGCUACCCGAUACCGCGGGGCAACUCCGGGCUUUUCAUAGUCAACGGGAUACAGAUUGAUCCUAGUCUACCACCGCACGCUCUGGAGCCGCCAGACUACAGCAGUAGCCCGUGGAAGCCGCCCGAAAUACCGCAGGAGCCCCCGCCAUCUUACGAGGCCACGGUGGCUCAUUAUCCGGACGCUCGCACGGACGGCGUGUCCUCACCGGUCGCACCGGAUUAUUCUUGCGAGACGACUUUACCGAACACUGUCAACGAACCACGGGAACUCGAGCCCAACCCGUAUCAACAGAGCCACGAACACGGUGAACCAAUGUCUCGGUUUGAACCGACCAGCACGCCUCCCAGCAGUCCCAUGCCACCAGUGGAUUAACCAAAGAACCUGAACUUUUAACUUUCAACCUAACUUUUUCUUGGGCACCACCCUGAUUCUUUCAAAGGAGAAGACAAUUGCACAUCAUUUGUUCUUCCAAGUGCCUCCAAUGGGCACCAAGUUCAGCGUAAAGUAUCAGUGACUGGGCACUGCCUCACUCAAUUUCCAAAUUGAAAUAUCCCCAAAACCUCUCAGUGGGUUGGUUUUGAAGGCUAUGGGGGCAUGUGUUUGCAAAUGCUGUUCGUAAGAUGGAAUUUGCGUCGGGGCCGAUGUAACUCAAUGAAUAAUGCUAAUUGUUCAAGUAAAGGAGGAAGACUGUCAAGGGGCACAGAGGAGAUCCUUUUAUCCCAUCCAAAACCAAAGAAAUUUUGAUCAAUGCAAUUUGGUUCACAGGAGUGCUCAUGAAAUUGCUCUUUUUAAAUUAUUACCUUAAACUUCGGUCAUGUGCUACAAAUUAACAAUUUUUAUUUUCUCUGUACAAAUUUUUAUUCUUUAGAAAAAGAUUAUGCAGAAACUUUCCGUCCAUUGGUAUCCCAAAACUAAUUAUAUUUACAAAAAUUAACAGAGUGUGGGUACUAAUUCUGUGAAUUCAAACUUUCCACUGACUGAUGGCUUUCCUUCCAGUGAUAUUUUUGGAGAACGUCAUUAUUAUAAGUAAGUUUUGAAGAAUGUUAUUUAAUAAGCUGUGCGGCAAUAAGCUGUGCGGCAACCCGUGGUCUGAUUGUUAUGUUUUUGAUAUCAAAAGAUGUGCAAGGCUCGAGGCUAAAAAUUCAUAACAGCUCGGGUCGCAAAAAAAAAAAAUUCAAGGCUAUCGCAAAAAAAGUUGAGGGGGGGGGGGCAGUUUCCGCCCCCCCCUCCCCCCGGCCCUUUUAGGGUUAAUGACUACAACAGUUGAGCAGUUAUGGUCCACGGUCCCAAUAGAGAACUUGCACACUAUGACAUUCCAUGCUCCUUUUAAAAAAAAACAUUGUGCAAUGUGUUUCUACAAAAUUUUUAACUUUCAUGUCAGAGGCUCAAGUUAAUGGAAAAAACUGCUUUCGAGUUUGCGGAUUAUUUUAAAUGUGAAAACUUUUAUAAAUAUAUACAACAGUUUUUAUUGUAAGACGA